CAUCCACUGGAGAAGGAAGUAAUCAAUUUCCUUGGAAUAAAAGUAGGCUUCCCAAGCAUGUCGUCCCAGUUCAUUAUGAUCUUCUUAUUCAUCCAAAUCUCACCACUUUAACUUUACUGGAUUGGCCAAAAUAGAGAUUAUGGUAACUGAACAAACUAGCUCAGUCAUCCUGCACAGCAAAUAUCUCCAGAUCACCAAAGCUACCAUCCAAGGAGAAACAGGAAGCCUUGAUGCUGAUAAAGAAAUGACUGUUUUAGAAUACCCACCAUAUGAACAGAUUGCACUUGUUGCUACUGAACCACUGCAAAUUGAGCACAAGUACAUUAUUAGCAUUGAGUAUUUUGCUAAUCUCUCAGACAGUUUUCAAGGAUUCUAUAAAAGCUCAUAUAGAACUCCAGAAGGAGAAGUAAGGGUGCUUGCAUUAACACACUUUGAACCAACAGCUGCACGUAUGGCUUUCCCUUGCUUUGAUGAGCCUGCAUUCAAAGCGAAAUUUUCUAUUAAGAUCAUAAGAGAACCGAAACAUCUUGCACUAUCCAAUAUGCCUAUUGUGGAAUCCGUAAACAUCGGAGGGCAGCUCCUUGAAGACCACUUUGAUGUCAGUGUAAAGAUGAGCACAUACCUAGUGGCCUUCAUUGUUUCAGAUUUCAAAUCCAUUUCCAAGAUGACUGCCCGUGGAAUUAAGGUUUCAGUAUAUGCUGUACCACAUGAUCAACCAAGUGGAUAUGCCUUGGAAGCAGCAAUAAAACUGUUGGACUUCUAUGAGGGAUAUUUUAGCAUUCCAUAUCCUCUGCCUAAGCAAGACCUAGCAGCUAUUCCCGAUUUUGCGUCUGGUGCAAUGGAAAAUUGGGGAUUGAUUACAUACAGGGAAUCUGCUUUAUUAUACGAUCCUGAAAAAUCCUCAGCGUCACGUAGACUUCGAAUUACUAUGGUUAUAGCCCAUGAACUUGCUCACCAGUGGUUCGGAAAUCUAGUCACCAUGAAAUGGUGGAAUGAUCUCUGGCUCAAUGAAGGAUUUGCAAAUUUUAUGGAAUAUCUGGCUGUAAAUGUUACCUACCCAGAACUAAAAGUUGAAGAUCACUUUUUAAACAAUUAUUUCAGUGCUAUGGAAGUAGACGCCUUAAAUUCUUCACAUCCCAUAUCGACCCCUGUUGAAGAUCCAGCUCAGAUUCAAGAAAUGUUUGAUAGUGUUUCCUAUGAUAAGGGUGCUUGUCUUCUAAAUAUGCUACUGCAUUAUCUCAGCCCAGAAGUGUUUAGAGCUGGCCUUAUAAAAUAUCUGUCACGAUUCAGCUAUCAGAAUACAGAAAACAAAGAUCUGUGGAACAGCUUGUCAGGUGUUUGCCCUGCAGAAGGUCGAGGACAAAAUGAUGGGGUUUGUGCCAGAAGCCAGGAGACAAUCUCAACUUCCCACUGGACCAAAAAUGAGCUUCAUGAUGUGAAGACCAUGAUGGACACUUGGACACUGCAGCAAGGAUUCCCGGUAGUAACUGUGACAUUAAAAGGAAAGAAGGUCCAUGUGCACCAGGAGCACUAUGUGAAGGGUUCUAGUUCUGCUGCACCAACCGGGAAUCUGUGGCAAGUUCCAUUAACGUAUAUUACCAGUAAAUGUGCUGAAGUUCAGAGGUUUUUGCUGACAACUAAAACAGAUGACAUCAUUCUCCCGGAAGAAGUGGAGUGGAUAAAAUUUAAUGUUGGAAUGAAUGGUUAUUAUAUUGUGCACUAUAGAGAUGACGGCUGGGAUGCCCUAAUUCGUCUUUUGAAAGAAAAUCAUAAAGUAAUUAGCAGCAACGAUAGAGCAAGUCUCAUCAAUGGUGUAUUCCAGAUGGUGAGUGCCGAAAAGCUGUCGAUUACUAAAGCUCUUGAUUUAACAAUGUACCUAAAACAUGAAACUGAAAUUACUCCUGUGCUUCAAGGAUUGGAUGAGCUGGUACCUUUGUACAAACUUCUGGAGAAGAGGGACAUGAGAGACACAGAUAAUCAAUUAAAGGAAUACAUAGUCAAUCUAAUGAAAAACAUGAUUGACAAACAGUCUUGGGAUGAUGCUGGGACAGUGUCUGAGCGACUGCUUCGGAGCACUCUUCUGGUGUUUGCCUGCGUACGAAAGUACCAACCGUGUGUGGACAAAGCAAAAGAGUUCUAUACAAAGUGGAAGGACUCCAAUGGAAAUUUACAUUUGCCCAAUGACAUCAAAUUUGCGGUAUAUGCUGUUGGAACACAGACAGACGAAGGCUGGGACUUCCUUUUCAGCAAAUACAAGCUGCCCGAAUUUAAUACUGAGAAAAGUAUAAUUGAAUCUGUUCUCAGCCUAAGCCCAAAUAAGGAGAAGCUUGAAUGGUUAAUGGAGCAAGGUUUAGAGGAUGACAUAAUAAAAAUGCAGGAUCUUCCAUAUAUUGUUUUGUCUGUUGGAAGGAACCCUGAGGGUUAUCAGUUAGCCUGGAAGUUUUUGAAGCAGAAUUGGCAGACAUUUGUAAAAAAGUUUGAACUUGGUUCUAAUACCAUUGCACACCUGGUUACUGGAAUGACAAAUAAGUAUUCCACAAAGGCACAACUUGCAGAAGUAAAAAGUUUCUUCAACUCCCAAGGCAAAAAAAUUUCAGAGCUCCGUGCUGUCCACCAAGCAAUAGAAACCAUUGAAGAAAAUAUUCAGUGGAUGGAUAAGAACCUUGAAAAAAUCAAGGAAUGGUUACACACCAAUAGCAGAAUAUGAAACUGAAAAGAUAUGAAAAAUGCUACCUGCGUAAACGUAC